UGAGACAUUGUCAAGUCACCUUUUGACGCUAGCCAAGUCAUUCAUCUUUGUUGCUUCUGUUUCUAGUGUUUUACAUAACCGAUACAUACAAUAUGAGAUUGAUUCUACUUUGCCAGCAGAAGCUUAUUAGGAACUUGCGUUGGUUUUACUUUUUAGGUCGUAGGACUUGUUUAGUUUGUUUACUGUUGCUAAGUUGUUCUAUUUGCUGGAGGCUUGUGGUUCCUGCCAACGAUCGAGUUUCUGAAAUCCGUUACCAAACUGCUUCUAAAGAUGCUAUUCCUAUGAACGUUCUCAACUAUUCUUCCUUUGGUGUUCCAGUGUAUGUUAUGAUGCCUUUGAGUUCGGUCACUGUCUCCGGCGAUCUUGUGGAGAAUUAUGAUGGCUACGACUUGCAAUGGAUUUUGAAGCAAUGGAAAAAGAACGGAGUAUAUGGUCUUAUGGUGGACGUGUGGUUUGGAGUUGUAGAAAAGACACCAAAGCAAUAUCGUUGGGAACCCUAUAUUCAGUUGUGUAAACAUCUUAGACAAGCUGGUUUGAAGCUUCAGACAGUUAUGAGUUUUCAUCGCUGUGGAGGAAACGUUGGGGAUCGCUGUUAUAUACCUCUUCCGCAGUGGGUUUUGGAUGCUGCAGCUAACAAUUCAGAUAUUUUUUUUAAGGAUCAAGAAGGAAAUGUGGAUCCAGAAUAUAUAAGUUGGGGAGUAGAUAUGGAGCCAGUUAUUGCAGGACGUUCGGCCAUACAAAUAUAUUCAGAUUUCUUGGCUUCUUUUAGAGAUAAUCUUCGCGAAUUUCUUGGCGAUGUAAUUGUGCAAGUCCAAAUUGGCUUAGGUCCUGCUGGUGAGUUGAGAUAUCCUAGUUAUCAAUUGAAUCGUUGGACCUUUUGUGGCGUUGGAGAGUUCCAAUGUUAUGAUCGCUAUCUUCUCUCAAGACUCGAACAGGCAGCCAAAGAAGUAGAGCACCCUGACUGGGCUCAUCCACCAUAUCCUUACGACGUCGGCAACUACAACAGCAGACCAGAGCAGACGUUGUUUUUUAAAGAAGAUGGUGGCAUUUGGAAUACUCAAUAUGGAGACUUCUUUCUUCGAUGGUAUUCGAAAGAAAUGAUUGAGCAUGCCGAUCGUAUACUUCAAGUUGCAAAUGACGUAUUUUUUAAUGAUAAAAUUCCCGACUCUAAUUGGAAAGGAAAGGUUCGCUUAGCAAUUAAGAUAGCUGGCGUUCAUUGGAAUUUUCGUUCCAAGUCACAUGCUUCAGAGCUCACUGCUGGUUACUAUAAUACUCGUUUCCGAGAUGGAUAUACUCCUAUAUUUCAAAUCCUAAAGAAGUAUGACACAACUGCGGUUUUUACUUGUACAGAAAUGCGCGAUAAGAAUCAGCCGCAGGAUUGCAAUUGUUCUCCAGAAGAUCUUGUGGGACUGAUUGUACGUGCUUCUAUUGCAACCAAUGUUUCAUUUGCUGGAGAAAAUGCAGUGAGUUUUUAUGAUGCAGAUUCUUAUCGACAAAUUUCAUUGGUGGCACGUUCUUACUCAGUUGUGAGAGGAAUCCCUAUGGAGGCAAUGACCUAUUUGAGAUGGCCUGAACCUAUAACUAUAUUCAUGGGAGAUAAUUUUAUAACUCCGUUGGGUCAAAAAUUUUUUGAGUUUGUUCGAGUCAUGGGAACAGAUGAUGCCAUCAGUCAUGUGAUUCCUGUGUUUUGAACAAAGAAGAGAUCGACUUUUUCGUAUUUGUAAUGGUUUUCUUAGCAAUAGAAGAUAUACAGAAUAAUCGUAUUCAUGAGAUUGUAUGUAGUUAGAUCAAAGGAUAAAAUUGCUGCAACAUUAAACGCGUGGGUAUCCAAGCUGGAAAUGUUGUAAUCUCAAAAGAGAUUGAUUUCGGA